AUGUCCACUUUCGCUUCGCUUUUCUUGGCGCUGGCCGCCGCUCCGUGGGCACAGGGAGCCCCUCACAUCUUUCCUAGAGGCCUCAACGGCACGAAUAGCACUGCUGGAUCAGAUACUGGCUACUCGUUGCUCGCCGACUACUCUGGCUCAGAUUUCUUCAAUCACUUUACGGCCUUCGACGGUCCGGACCCGACGCAAGGAUUCGUUCAAUAUCAGACUUUCCAAGCCGCAGCACAACAGAAACUCGUUGGAUUCAUCUAUGACAACGAGACUCAGACGACUUCAGCAAAGAUUGGAGUUGAUUCUACGAGUAGGGAUCCUUCGGGACGAAGAUCGGUUCGGUUGACGAGCAAGCAGACUUUCAUUGCUGGGUCCAUGGCUGUCAUUGAUCUGAAGAGGAUCCCGGUGCAGUAUGGUCUCUGGCCUGCUAUCUGGAUGCUUGGCAGUGAAGGCACGUGGCCUGCUUCCGGGGAGUCUGAUAUUCUUGAGUAUGUGCACAAGGGCGACUACAACAGCGCUACGCUGCAUACUGCUCCGGGAUGUACGGUCGACAACGGCACCGACUUCCAGGGCCGCCUCUUGCAUGGCAAUUGCAACGCCGGACAGGCAGGUACUGGAUGCUCGAUUGCUGCCUACGACCAAAACAAGCUCGCCGGAAGCCAAGCAAGCAUGCCCACCGCUGGCGACGCCUUCAACAAGCAGGGCGGCGGCGUCUACGUUUACGACUGGCAAGCCGACGGGAUCACCAUCUGGCUCUUCCCCCACGACGGACUCCCCGCAGACCUCCAAGCCGGCAAACCCAACCCCAAGACAUGGACACAGAAACCCCUCGCCCGAUUCUCCGGCGCAGGAUGCGAUUUCAGCCAAGCCUUCCGCUCCAUGAAUCUCGUCAUCGACAUCACGACCUGUGGCUCCUGGGCCGGCAAGGCCGACGUCUGGCAGUCCUCCGGAGCCGCAAACGCCACCGGCUGCGCGACUUGUGAUGAAUGGGUACAGAACAACCCGCAGGCGUUUGAGGAGGCGUAUUUUGACAUUGCGAGUGUCAAGUUCUAUUCUAGCAACCAGCAGGUGCCCGGGACGUACACUCCUUCGUCCAAAUAA